AUGGAUUAUCCAGUUUCAUUUGAAAUGAGUGAGUGCUUCUCUCUUGGAGAUCUAGAAAAGCAGAUUUCUGUAGAUCCAAUAUCACUGAAAGAAUCAUCUAACAGAGAAGUGAUUAAUGACCCAGUGGUGGUGAAGCCUGUUGUUACCGCUCCCCCUGUUGUGACAGCUCCAAAAGCCAAUGCACUUGACCAACUGCCACCCCUACUGCCUGCAAAGCCAAAAUUCUUAAGCUUCAGUCUCCCGAACUCAGCAACCUCCUCGCCGCGAUUGAAGAAGAAAUGGAAAGAUGAAAGCCAAGCAUCUCCCCAGCAGCAAAUGGAGAAUCUGACCCACUUGCAACAAGAAAUUCAAUUUAGGAGGAGCAAGUCAUGUGGUCAAGGAAGAGCAUGUGCCCCUUCAGACGACUUUGAUCUUUGGCUGAUCCAACCAAAUGCCACUGAAAAGGUCACCAGGCAUUACAGCAGCCUCCCUAGAACCGAGCCCAACAAAGUUGCUCAUAAAACUGGCAAGAAAAUGGACCCAUGUGAUGAUAAGUUCACAUGUGGAGCCCUGUGCUUGUUCAUUCCAGGCUUUGGCAAGGCAAAGCCAGUGAAAGCAAGGAAGGUAGAACCUGAUGAGCUGGGAAAUGUCAUCUCUAGGACAGUUUCCUUGGAAAAAUUUGAAUGUGGCUCUUGGGCAUCAGCUAUGAUCAAUGAGCAUGAUGAUGACUCUGUUAGUCACUACUUUGAUCUUCCACUGGAGCUAAUAAGAAGCAGCAUCAACGACACAGAUUCACCAAUUUCUACAUCUUUUGUGUUUGACACUGAUAGAAAAGGAGUUCUGAAGAAUGGCUCCUCAAGAACACAAGGCCGGAAAUCACAUGAAGCCUCACGCCAUGUUCGGUUUUCAACAUCAUCGUCUCCUACAUCACCGACCGUUUGCGUUACACCUCGACUGCGCAAGGCUAGGAAUGAUUUCAAAGCUUUCUUAGAAGCACAGAGUACAUAA